AUUAAACCGUCUGGUUGGAUAUUCGAUACAAUCUAACAGAUUGGGCUUGAUUCUGGACUGAUGCAGCAAGCUGGUACUGAUGACAGCACAUGGUGGUUUCAUAUUACAAAUCAAGAUUUAGAUACAAUUGAGGCUGCCUUGUCAUUAGCUACUACUACAAACACAUGUAUUGCACUGGAUGAGGGCCAUAACUGGAGGAGUAAUGUGCCAACUGCACUCAACCUAUCUACUCCAAAUACAUCUCAAGUAAUAGAUAUCGACGUAGUUCAAGUAUUUAGAGCCUUGUCUGCUAUUGAGAAUGAAGAGUCUGCAUCAACCAUAGUAUCUUCCAAUAAUCAGAUGAACACCAAUUCUCAUUUCAUCUUGCCCAUAUCUCGAGAGAAUUCUGCAAUUAGACGUCGAGUCAAAGCUCAAAGAAAUCUAGUACGGACUGUCUUGCUUCUCAUGGGUCGCAAGAUGCCAGAUAUGACUUGGUCUUCGCGACUUGAGUAUCUACGAAAUAAAUUAACAGAAAAGUCUAUAGAUCAGUCUACAUUUGCACAAACUAUAGCUACAGAAGUUUUGGUUCAUGAUCGACAUCCAGAAAUAUCGAGUUUAAAUAGGAAUUCUACAAUCCAUGUUGCCCACGAAUUCAAUAUAUCAGCAGCUCAGCAGAAGCAUAUUCCAAUAUCUCAAUCAAAUACAGUUGAUUUAGGCUCAUAUAUACACACACAUCAUCCACACGGAGUUGUUUUUCAUCAUGUCAAUCCUCAUAUCCACUACACCACAUUAAAAUCAUCUACUCAACCAAAUCAUCAUACAUUAAACCAAAACACCAACAACAUCAAACCAAUGCAGUAUAUGGAUUCAAACUUAGAUGCUCGUAACCUUCAACACUACUCUAUUCCUUUAAAUCAAGAAGCAGGACAUAAUCAAACAAACCUUGAAAACAUUCCUGACAAACCUACGCGACCUACUGCUGGUGCUCUCAACUUGAAUAGUUCAAAUUACAUUCAAGACCCACCUUUAUCAAAAGAUACUCGAGCGGCUUCAAAUAAAAAUGAUCAAGCUUUUUUAGGUUUAGGGCAAACAGAAUUUGACAUGAGCUCUAUUCCACACGUUGAAUUCGAUCUUGAAGAUCAACCGAGCGAAUCAGUUCAGCCUGAUCAAGUCACGCAGUCGUCUACUUUGUCCACGCUUCAGCAUUCUAACUUGCACGAUACGCGUUAUACUUUAUCUCAAGGCUCUUAUGCUCCAACUUUUUCGUCAACUCAUGCAAACAAAUCUACUCUGCAGUCAAAUACAGUUUUUCAAAAUCAUCCCUCUUAUACUCUCAAAACAACCACAGAUCAAUUACCUAUGUUCAAAUCUUUCAUUUCUUGGAAAAGUCACAUUGCAAAAGCAAAACAGGAUCGAAACUGGGUUGUUCGGCAGUGGAUUCUGGCAACAGCAUUUUGGAGAAAAAACUUGCUUCGAUCGUAUACCACACAUUGGCAUUAUGUAGCGGUAUUGAGCGCUAAUGCAACAUAUUUUAAAAACCAGACCAUUCAACGCACCAUACUUGUUUUUUGGUACAAAAAAGCAUUAGUUCAAAAGCGUCUUUAUUGUGAAAGAUUACUUAAAAGUUCAUUUACUGCAUUGAGACAAAAUGUCAAUUCUCAACAUGCUGCUGUGCAUGCUUUUCAAAAACAGCAUAUUAUUGAGCCCAUUUUUCAUUUUUGGCGGACAGGUUCUCGUGUAAAACGACAGCGUAAUGCCCAGUUUCUACGGCUGAUCAAAUGCACAGUGGAUGCCAAAGAAAAUCGUAUGAAACAUAUUAGUUUCAAGGCUAGUAUGAUGAUCAUGAUUUACCGAAUCUUUGAGUUGGCACACAUCUAA